AUGCACCACUGGUUAUCUGCUCUCGCCUUGGGAGCUCUGGCAGUUCCCAGGCCCACACUGGCCGGUACUAUUGGCACCAAACGGAGCGAGUUUUCCCUAUGCGCUAUCAAUAAUCGUCAGAUCGUCCAGAAUGCUAGCAGUGACAUUUGGCCCUGGCAAACAUACCAGUCGACCAAUGUGACGCCGCCUUAUAUGUCGAUAAACCGUACAGGUGCAGAUUUAGCUUCUGGAUUGCUCUUCAUCGGUCAGGAGAAUGACUCUGGAAGCGGCGUGAAACAGGUGUCUCCCUUCAUUUUAACGGAUGACAACGAAUUGGUCUGGAGUGGCCCGGAGGGUGACUCGUCCAACUUCCGACAGCAGUACUGGGGAGACCAAUCUGUAAUCACCUUCUGGGUAGGCACGGGUAAGGCCGCAUAUGGCGCAGAUGCAGGACGAGGCUGGGGUGAAGUGCGCAUUUAUAAUGACGAGUACCGAUUGAUAAAGUCAGUUUGUUUGCAAUUGAAUCUCACGAUGCCGACCGGAACCACUACAGAUUGUGAUGCCGACGUGCAUGAAUCCUUCAUCACAGAGGACAAUACCAUUCUAUUGACGGCGUACAACACCACCCAAGCAGACCUAACGUCGUUGGGUGGCCCUAAGGACGGAUGGGUAUAUGACUCGAUUGUCGUCGAGUUGGAUCUAGAGACCAACGAGCCAGUGUUUAUUUGGAGCCCGUUGGCUCAUGUGGCUAUCAAUGAGACUCAUGAAGCAUAUACGGGAUCAGACCAGACCGACCCUUUCGAUUGGUUCCACAUGAACUCCAUUCAGAAAUGGGGCGACUACUACCUGGUCAAUUCACGCCAUUUAUGGCGAACGUUCCUAGUGGACCGUGAGGGAUCGGUGGUUUGGUCCAUUGAUGGAGAGAACGGCGGAGAUUUUGGCAGUCUCCCAGCAAAUGGAACAUUUUCCUGGCAACAUAUGGCACGAAUUCAUAGUGUCUCCUCCACACAAGCACAGCUGAGCUAUUUCGCCAACAAUCUCGACACAGCUACAAGUACUGUGCCUUCUAAGGGCCUCACUUUCCUUCUUACGCUUCCCCCAAGCCUGAAGAACCCCCCAGUGCUCGUCACCGACUUCUAUGACCACCUAUAUCCUGUUUCGUCCGCUGCUGAGGGCUCCUUCUUUUCGCUGCCUAACGGCAAUACGCUUAUGGGCUAUGGUGAUGAGCCAUACAUCAAAGAAUACGGGCCAUCAGGCGAUGUUCGCUGGUCAGCCCAAUUUGCAGGCUAUGACUUGGGCCAGAGUUACCGCGUAUACAAACAAGAGUGGCAUGCUACACCCUCCACUCGGCCAAGCCUGGUAGUAACCACGGCCCUUGCGGAAGACAACCUGAGUCAAUGUGCAGGUAGCUCGUCGCGCUUGCGCGGUUACGUCAGCUGGAAUGGAGCUACUGAUGUCGACAAGUACCAGGUCUAUGCCGGAAAAAGUAGCAAUUCUCUUAAGUCAUUGGGACAAAUUGAUAAGAAGGGAUUCGAGACCAAAUUUUCUCUUCCCGAGGACGUUAGUGUCGUUCAGGUUGCUGCCAUCCAGGCCGGCAAAGUUGUACGAAAGUCCAACAUUGCACAUGUCUAG